AUGAAGUCAUUGAACAUGGUCUACAGAUCUGAAGGAUACCUGUUUGUUUGGCUUCUGGAGCUCCAGAUGAAGCACCAAGCCAAUCUCUUCUACUCUUUCUUCUACAUCAUUUGUGCUUUGAGCCUAUGCCAUAGAUCAGCUGUCGCCCAAAACAAUGAUCCCAAAAAUGCGACAGUGCCGGUGCAUGUCGGUGUAGUUCUUGAUUUGGAAUCAUGGUUCGGAAAGAUGAGUAUGAGCUGCAUUUCCAUGGCGGCCUCCGAUUUCUACACCUCCCAUAGUAAUUACACCACAAGGCUUGUUCUCCAUACCAGAGACUCAAAGAAUGAUACUGUUGCAGCUGCGUCCGCAGCACUAGACUUGCUAAAAAAUGUAGGAGUGCAAGCAAUUAUCGGACCGCAGAGGUCCGCCCAAGCCGACUUCAUGGUUGAUCUUGGAAGCAAAGCUCGUGUGCCCAUCCUUUCAUUCUCUGCUGUCAGCUCUUCUCUCUCUCCCAUCCGAUCUCCAUAUUUCAUCCGGACUACGCAGAAUGACUCCUCACAAGUAAAAGUGAUUGCAGCUAUCAUUCGUUCCUUUGGAUGGAGGUCGGCCGUCCUUAUCUAUGAAGACACUGAUUAUGGAAAUGGACUUGUUCCAUAUCUUGUGGAUGCCUUCGAAGAGAUUGACACACGGAUCUCUUAUAGGAGUGUGAUUCCUCUUUCGGCUCCCAACAAUCAAAUAGCUGGAGAGCUUUACAAGCUGAUGACGAUGCAAACGAGAGUAUUCAUUGUCCACAUGACGUCUUCCCUUGCGUCCCGGUUCUUUUUGAAGGUGAAUGAGAUUGGGAUGAUGAGUGAAGGUUACGUAUGGAUUAUAACGGAUGUUUUAACAAAUCUUCUUGAUUCCUUGGAUUCUUCGGUCAUUGAUUCAAUGCAAGGUGUAUUGGGUGUAAAACAAUAUGUAGCUAAAACGAAAGGCAUCAGUGAUUUCAUGGUUAGAUGGAGAAAGGAUUUCAGACAGAUGAAGCCCAACAUUGAUAGAGCAGCUCUUAGUAUUUUCGGCAUUCGGGCAUAUGAUACAGUUUGGGCACUGGCAAUUGCUGCAGAGAGAGUUGGAGUGGAGAAAUCCCACUUCCAAAAGCCAAAAAUUGGUGAAAAUUCAACUGAACUAGAGAAUCUAGUAGUCUCUCAAACAGGUCCGAAACUUCUUGACACCAUCAAAAAGAUGAAAUUCAAAGGACUGGGUUGUGAAUUCCAUCUAGUCGAUGGGGAGUUACCAUCCUCAGCCUUCCAAAUAGUCAAUGUGAUUGGAAAAGGAGAGAGGAAGGUCGGGUUUUGGACUCCAGACCAUGGGAUUUCACGAGUCUUGAACGUGAAUCUUAAGAAGAUGUAUUUAACUAACAUGGCCGAUUUUGGUCCAAUCAUCUGGCCAGGAGAUACGUCCACGACGCCAAAGGGAUGGGUGAUCCCAACAAGUGGGAAGAAGCUGAGAAUUGGCGUUCCUGUAAAAGAAAGGUUCACUGAAUUCUUGAAAGUGGAGAAAGAUCCUCUCACAAAUACAACCACUGUUAGCGGAUACUGCAUUGACGUAUUCAAAUCAGUAAUGGAAGCACUUCCAUAUGCUGUCCUUUACGAGUUCAUUCCCUACGAAACAGCAGAUGGACGGAUGGCUGGGAGCUAUGCCGAUCUUAUUUACCAAGUACAUCUUCAGAACUUCGAUGCAAUGGUAGCGGAUACAACAAUCACAGCCAACCGAUCUUUAUCUGUAGAUUUUACAUUACCAUACACUGAAUCAGGCGUGACAAUGAUAGUUCCGAUAAGAGAUGAUGAGAGUAAGAAAACAUGGAUUUUCUUGAAGCCUUUGACGGUAGAUCUUUGGCUGACAAGUGGGGCUUUCUUUAUAUUUACGGGAUUUGUGGUUUGGGUCCUUGAACAUCGGUUAAAUGAUGAGUUUAGGGGCCCACCUACCCAGCAACUCGGCAUGAUCUUCUGGUUCUCCUUCUCUACGCUCGUCUUCGCACACAGGGAGAAGCUGGUCAAUAACUUGUCCAGAUUUGUGGUGAUCAUAUGGGUGUUUGUGGUGCUGAUUCUUACAUCCAGUUACACGGCCAGCUUAACUUCAAUGCUGACGAUUCAACAGCUUCAGCCAACUGUCACUGACAUCUCUGACCUAAAAAAGAAUGGGGACUACGUGGGCCAUCAAAAGGGGCCAUUCAUGACGGAGUUCAUGAAGCACUUUGACUUUGAUGAAUCUAAGCUCAAGCCCUACACGACUCCUGAAGAUUAUGCUAAGGCCUUGUCGAAGGGAAGUCGUAAUGGUGGCGUUUCAGCCAUUUUCGACGAGAUCCCUUACCUCAAGCUCUUCCUUGCAAGGUGCGGCCAAAAGUACACCAUGGUGGGCCCAAUCUACAAAACUGGAGGAUUUGGCUUUGCCUUCCCCAAAGGUUCUCCACUAGUCCCAGAUGUUUCGAGGGCGAUCUUGAAUAUAACAGAAGGCGAUAAAAUGGCGGCGAUCGAGCAGAAAUGGUUCAGCCAUCCGACCACUUGUCCAGAUCAAUCCGCCACCAUGGCUUCAAACAGUCUUACACUCGCUAGCUUCGGUGGCCUCUUUCUCAUUGCCGGCAUUGCUUCCACAUCGGCUCUUGUAAUAUUCUCAGUUUCCUUCCUUUUUGAGCAUAAGAAUGUCUUGAUUGCCAAUGAUUCCAACAGCUCUCUUUGGAAAAGGCUAGUCGACUUGGCCCAGCGCUUUGAUAAAAAAGAACUCUCCGCGCGUACCCUCACAAAGAGUGACAAUAAUAAUGGAAUUAUGACGAUCAGCACUAGUCCCAUUCAGGCAUCGCCUGCUUCGCAGUGGCCAUUGAGCAUUUCCAACCCUACAAGUGGAAGAUUUGAUCCACAAGAAGAUGAAGAGAUAUCCUCUGUAGAUUUUGGAUUUCCAAAUACUAGUAUACCAUCUUCGCCAGAGAUGACCAAUGUAAAUGUUUAGGGAAUUCAUGACUUGCCUCUAAUUAAAUUUGUAAUUUUGAUUUGUAAAAUUAAUUUGUUUAAGAAAGAAUUAGGGUUGAAAUUAUGGCUA